AUGCUACUACACCUGCACCUACGGACCCUCACGCCGCUGCCGUCGCGGGCGUCACCGGCGCUCGUGAGAUUGUUUACCACAGACCACCGAAACCGCCUCACCACGUUCUUUGCGCCCUCCGGUGGCAUCGCGGGGGCUGCGUAUGGCGUGAAAGAGGAUACACAUUCACUUCUUGUGCGGACUGGAUAUUUACGGCAGGCCCACGCGGGAGUCUUCCACUAUCUGCCCCUCGGCCAGCGCGUGCACGAGAAGCUGGAGAAGCUGAUAGACAAGCAUAUGCGCAGCAUCGGUGCCUCGAAGCUUGCGCUGUCCACCAUCUCGAGCGAGAAGCUAUGGGCAAAGACAGGGCGCCUUGAGAAGGGCGGAGCAGAGCUCUUCCGCAUAAAAGACCGCAAGGGCGCCCGCCUCCUCCUCUCCCCCACGCACGAAGAAGAAAUCACCACCCUCGUCAGCUCCCUCGUCAGCUCCCACAAACAGCUGCCCCUGCGUCUCUACCAAACCACCCGCAAAUUCCGCGACGAGCGCCGCCCACGCGCGGGGCUCCUACGCGGGCGCGAGUUCACAAUGAAGGACCUCUACACCUUCGACCUGACGCCUGAGGCGUCCCUCGAAACCUACGCCGCCGUGCAAGGCGCCUACCGCAGCCUCUUCGACGAGCUCAAGCUGCGCUACAUCGUCGCCGAAGCCGACAGCGGCACCAUCGGCGGCACCCUCUCGCACGAGUACCACUACCCGUCGCUCUCCGGCGAAGACACCGUCUUCACCUGCAACGAGUGCACCUACAGCGCCAACGCCGAGGCCGCACGCACCCGCACGCCCACGCCGCACCCGGCGCUCGAGGAGCCCGGCAACAUCGCCGUCUUCCACGGCGUCAGCACCGACCGCACAACCCUCAUCAACGUCUUCUACCCGCGCAGCGCCCCCGCGGGGACCUCGAACGAGGUCAACACCGCCGUUGUGCGCACGCUCAUGCCGACGCUCGACGCGGGCGUCGGGUCCGCCGAGGCGCUCGAGAUGUGGCGUGUCUGCUUCCACGAGUACAGCGAGGGCGCCGCGGCGGGGAGCUACUCGCAGAUUGUGAAUCUGUUUGACACGCGGCUGCCGCACAGUGUGAUGGAGGCCAGCUUCAGCAGCCACAGCGACCAGCCAAUGUUCCGCGAGUUCGUGGCGGAUAAGCGCAUUCCGACGACGGCGGUGACGCGGGAGACGGCGACGGGGGAGCCGCUGAACCUGCUGAAGAUGAAGGAGGGGGAGGGGUGUCCGGCGUGCGAGACGGGGGUGCUGGCGCUGGUGACGGAUGGGGAGGGCAGGCAGGCGCCGAUGGAGAUGGGCUGCCAUGGCAUUGGCGUGUCGAGGAUGAUCUCGGCGGUGGCGGAGGGGUAUCGCGAUGAUGCGGGCUUGUGCUGGCCGCGGGUGGCGGCGCCGUUUGAGGUUGUGAUUGUGGGGAAGGAUGCGGCGGCGGUGGGGGAUGCGGAGGGCGUGUAUGAUGAGCUUGCGGGCGCGGGCUUGGAUGUGCUGCUGGAUGAUCGGGAGAAGGACUUUGUGUGGAAGAUGAAGGACGCGGAGUUGGUUGGGUAUCCAGUGUGUGUGGUGCUGGGCCGCAGGUGGAAGGACGGGCGGGUCGAGGUGCAGGUCAGGAGUGGGCGGAAGAAGUUGGAGGUUGGCGUGGCGGAGCUGCGGGAGACGGUGCUGCGUGCGCUGGAGGAGGCAUAG